UUCCAAUCAAGACUAUGGCGACGCUUACUGUCACGUGUUCGCAAAUCUCACAAACCGCGGAAUGGUUUACCUUGGCUGCAUUCACUGCUGUACUGAAAAUCUACAAUAUACGUGACCCGAACUAUAUAUUUUCAGCAGUGAAUAUCGGAAUGUAGCUUGUCUUCUUACAUCAUGAUCAAAAUUAGAUUGCAGCCGUAUGCUUGGUCGUUGUUGGAUCAUCAUUGGACCAAAGAGAAAAAAAAGAAGUAGCAGCCGUAGUUUUUCUUAGGCUACUUUCUAUUUCAAAUAUCUCUAUUUUUUUCAUUUGAAAAGAUAUUUUUCAUUUAUAGCAAGUAGAAUAAAUCUAAAAUGGGAUCUGAACAAAGCUCUCAAAGUGGCAGCCAAAAUACCAGUAGUGGAAGAACAAGGACGAAUCAACUUAGACGCGGCAAAAGUGUUCCAAAUCGUGAGAGAAUGCCAGAAGACACUCCGCCAAGAUGUAUCAGUCCUGGUGCCAGUAUUUGUUCUGAUUCUGACCUUCCAUAUAUUUCUUAUACAGUGAAUCGACCCAUUGGAGAUUCACCAAAGAUGACUAAUAAACAAUCGCAGCUCUAUAGAGGGAAAAGUAUUGGAACUACUGAUAUUUCAAGAUGUAAAAAUAGUUUGGGAUCUACAAAUCAUAGUCACAGGAAAAUUAAUAUAUCGGACAAGACGCAUAAUAUUGUGGUGGUAAAACCAGCUCAAACAGACCCUACAACAGAUAAGGAUCCUGAUAUAGUGAAACUACAAAGCAUCCCGAUGUUUCUACCAAUCAUGCGCGGCACGUUGAAUUUACCACCAGGUGUACGUGAUCCAGAAGUCUUGGAGAGGCUUGAUCCUGUUGGUCUGUUCAAUUUGUGUGCGCGUUAUCAACAUCAUCUGAAUACAAAUGCACAAAUAAUAGCAGUAGAGCAGGCCACUCUAUGUAUUAAUAUGGAAAUAGAAUUUGGUAAAAUAUUGAAUUUUGCUGUGGAUCGGCAAAAAAAAUUUACCAAAUUCACAGAACAAUUGAACAAAGUGCAUGAACUCAGCCAUCAAUUAACUAGAUGCCAUUCGCUUCUCAAUCAAACCCUUGAGAGUCUUGAAACACUCAACAAUUUCUUACCAAUAGAAGAAAGACUUGAGCCUUUUGUUUGGACUACAGGUUAAAUGUAUUUAAAUAUGUAAAAUUGAAAUAUGAUGAAUUCAAAUCAUUCAUUUAGCAAAGAAAACUUGUAUAAUUUGUAUCUUUCCAGAAAAACUGAUUAAAAAGUUCAAAAAAUAG